AUGCAGAAAAUUCAGUUUCAUGAAUUCCCAACUCCAGAUUUUGAGUCACCUCCUCCUGUUCAAAAUUCAAUCUCAAAAUUUCCAACACAUCUUCAACCAUCUUUUGAAGCCUCUAAACAGCUACGCGAACCGUUUUCGAAUCUCCUACAUAAAUUCUCCAACAAAGUGAAAAGAAUUGUUGUUAUACAUGACCCUCUUAUGUCUUCUGUGGUGCAAGAUGUUUCUUCCAUUCCAAAUGCGGAGUCCUAUGCCUUCAAUUGCAUCUCUGCUUUCACUCAAUUCUUUAGCUUUUGGGAAGCUAUUGGAAGACCUUUUCCAGUUGAGGGAAUGCCAAAAAAUCUACCAUCAAUGGAAGGGUGUUUUUCCUUUGAAAUCAUGAAUUUUAUGGCUUAUCAGUAUGAGUUUAUGCACUACAGAUCAGGAGAUUUAUUCAACUCAUGCAGAUUGGUUGAAGGAACUUAUGUUGAUAUGUUAAACAAGUUGGAAAUGAAUGCAAACAAGAAGCAAUGGGCUAUUGGACCUAUACUACCAGAUUUGACAAUUAUUACAGGCAAAUAUUCAAGAAACAUGCACAAAAGCUUGGAAUGGCUAGAUAAACAAGCUCCAAAAUCAGUUCUUUAUAUCUCUUUUGGAUCGGCAACUACAAUGACCGAUGAACAAAUUGGCUAUGGGGUUAGAAAGGAGCAAGCAAAAGUUUUUGUGGGUGUUGAGAGAUGCAGAUAA